CGUUUUCUGUUGUAGAUGAACUCUACUAAGUCAGCAAUAAAGUUUAUCGUCUCGGACAAUGAUUUGUUUUUGCCCUCCCGUAGCGCCGAGGAGAAGCCGUGCUCGUCGACAGCUGCAGCAGAAACCUCCGGUGACGUUAUGGAGGAGGCUAAAAAGCUGAUCGGCACGGGCAAACGGCAUCUGGUGAUGGGAGAUGUAGUCUCUGCCGUCAAUGUCUUCCAGGAAGCCUGCAGCAUGCUGGCUGCAAAGUACGGAGACACAGCAGAUGAAUGUGGUGAAGCCUUCUUCCUAUGUGGGAAGUCUCUGUUGGAGCUUGCAAGGAUGGAGAACGGUGUCCUAGGCAACGCCCUGGAGGGAGUCCCAGAAGAAUCUGAGGAAGAGGAGCAGCCCAAAAACCCAAACCUGGAGAGUGCAGACAACAUUGAUGAGAAAACCAGAGAAGAGCUGCGAAAGCAGGUCUAUGAUGCAAUGGCAGAGAAGGAAAAGCUGGAGGUAGAGCCUAAAGAGGAGGUGAAAAAUGAAAACGCAGAGUCGGGAGAAACGUCGGGUUCUGCUGCCGAGGUUGGAGAGGAGGAAAGUUCUGUCAAAGCAGCCGAAGAGGUCCGAGAGGCUUCAACGCAAGCUGUGACUGAAGAGGAGGUGAAAAAUGAAAACGCCGAGUCAGGAGAAACCUCAGGUUCUGCCGCUGAGAUUGGGGAAGAGGAAAGUUUUGUCAAAGCAACCGAAGAGGUCCGAGACGCUUCAGCACAAGCUGUGGAUGAAGAUGAGGAAGAGGAUGAAGGAAUUGAAGAAUCGAGUGCAGAGGCUGAGCAGACUGAUGAGACUUCAGAGGAUGAUGACGACGAUGAUGAUGAGGACGACGAAGAGAACAACGCACAAGAUAACGAAGAGGAGGAUGUUGGGAAUUUGCAGUUGGCUUGGGAGAUGCUUGAGGUGGCCAAAGUCAUUUUUAAAAGAAAGGAAAGCAAAGACGACCAGCUGAUGGCAGCACAGGCUUAUCUGAAACUGGGUGAAGUCAGUGCGGAAACGGGUAACUAUCCUCAGGCGCUAGAAGACUUCCAGGAGUGUCUGACUUUGCAGCUGAAGCUGUUGCCGCCUCACUGCCGCCUGCUGGCCGAGACGCACUACCACGUUGCUACGACGCUGGUCUCCAUGGACCAGUACAACCAGGCCAUCCAGCACUACAACAGCUCCGUAAAGGUCAUCGAGACGCGCCUAGCCAUGCUCCAGGAGGUCAUCAACGCAGCGGCUGGAGACGACGCUGCAGCAGAGGAGAAAAAUGAGCUGGAAGAACUCAAACAGCUUCUUCCUGAAAUCAGGGAAAAAGUGGAAGACGCCAAGGAGAGCCAGAGGACGGCCAGCGCUGCCUCUCAGGCGAUCCAGCAGACACUGGGAAAUCCCUCUACUUCAUCAACAUUCCCCUGUGAAAAUGGCGGCCCGUCAUCCUCGGCUGCGUUUGCAUCGACCAGUCAGAUUCCAGUGAAAACAUCUGAAAGCGCUUCGUCUUCCAAAGCCGUGUCGGAUAUCUCUCACCUGGUUAGGAAAAAGAGGAAACCCGAAGAGGAGAGCCCAGUAAAGGACACAGAUGCUAAGCAACUGAAACAGGAAGCCACAGUUAAUGGCAGCGGUGACUCUAGUGCCAGCAACGGCAGUGAAACCCAGGAGGGAAAAUCAAAGGAGCCUGCCUCUGUAGAGUCUUCCUCAUGACCGCCUCGAUCCUCUUCCUCACUCUGAAACCAGCACAGCAUGCSUCUCCAGCUCCUCACAUCCACUACUCUUGUUUCUGUAAAUAACUCAUUUUCACUGAUUUGUCUGUCAAGUUUUUGUAUACUUGUGGUAAAAAAAAAA